AUGAUUUUUGAUGCAGGCUUGGCAGGUUCUAAGCCUAAAGAUACACCAAUGAAGCAGAACUUGAAGCUGACAAGCACUGAGUUUGAUACUUGCACAGACACAAGUAAGGGAGAUGAAUUACUGGAAGACAAGGGGAGUUAUCAACUGCUCAUAGGAAAGCUUUUGUAUCUAACAAUAACAAGGCCAGAUAUCUCAUAUACAGUGCAGUCACUAAGCCAGUUUAUGCAUGCACCUAAGAAAUCUCACUAUGAAGCAGCACUUUAUGUAGUAAGGUACAUCAAGAAGCAACUAAGGUUGGGGCUGUUGAUGUCAAGUGACAGCAAUGAAGAAAUAGAAGCAUUUUGUGAUUCAGAUUGGGCAUCAUGUCCUAUGUCAAGAAAAUCUGUUACUGGAUACUGUGUUAAACUUGGGAUUUCAACCAUAUCCCGGAAAGCUAAGAAGCAACAUAUUGUAUCUAGAAGCUCAGCUGAAACCGAGUAUAGAAGCAUGGCACACACAAUAGCUGAACUUGUGUGGUUGAAAUGUCUAUUGGAAGAGCUGAGUGUGAAUCUAAAGCUGCCCAUGAAGUUGUUCUAUGAUAAUAAAGCAGUAUUGCAAAUUGCUGCAAAUCCUAUGUAUCAUGAAAGAAUAAAACACAUAGAAAUAGACUGUCAUUCCAUCCGAGAGAAGAUUCAAAAAGGGCUAAUCAAGUCUUCCUACAUUCCCAGUCAGGAACAACCAGCUGAUGUGCUGACCAAAGCACUAGGACAUCAACAACAUGCUGCAUUAAUCUCCAAGAUGGAAAUGAAAGACAUUUUUUCAUUCUCAACUUGA